AUUAAGGACAAGCUUGAGAGAGAGUCGGUGUUUGAGGCGAUCAUGCUGGAGUCGGAGCGGAUCCAACUUUUUAAGGAGUACCAGGCCUUGCUUGAGGACACCUGUAGUCACCACCACGCCAAGAGAAAGAAACGCAAACAGAAACAUAAACGAUCCCGAUCCAGAUCUACAGUACAGUGUUGGUUUUGAGGUGACGUGUGUUUCAGAGAACGUGCCAGGGGCACCAGGCCAAUUCAAGAGAACCAGUUCAGGAGAUUACAGGAAUAGUUACUGUGUUCUACAGCUAGACAGAAUCUCGGGAGGGAUUUAUAACAUCAUGCCCAGUACCUUCCUACCCGGCCAGGAGGGACCAUUCUUCUUAGACAUCAGCAGUUCCAGUCCUGUAACAGUCGCCCAGAUAUAGUAGAACCAACAUUAAU